CAAGCAGUUUAGUUUGAGAGGGUUGCCACAACACAGUCAAUGGAAAUUCGGCUGGGCAGACUGAACCGUCGACCACGGCUGAUGCCGAAUGGCAGAUACACCCUGCUCUAACCCGGGAGGGUGAUUUGAAAGAGCUGGAUGUAAAUGACGGUGCGCCACUGCAUUGGAUGUCGGUGUGAGAUUUGUAUGCGUGAGCUACCUGGAAGAGGUUUUCCUGAGGAGCUGAAACCGAAGAUAACUGCACUGAAUUACAUAAGCGCUCAGCAGCUGCCAUGACAGGGGUGGGAGCAGAGGAUGACAUUCCUCUCUGUGAGAGGAAAACUGUCACAGACUUCUGCUAUCUCCUGGACAAGUCUAAACAACUUUUCAAUGGCUUAAGGGAUCUGCCGCAGUAUGGACACAAGCAGUGGCAGUCUUAUUUCGGCCGUACAUUUGAUGUGUAUACCAAGCUGUGGAAGUUUCAGCAGCAGCACAGGUCAGCCCUUCUGGACAACCGGUAUGGUCUCAAAAGGUGGCAGAUUGGUGAGGUUGCCUCAAAAAUUGGCCAACUGUACUAUCAUUACUACCUCCGCACUUCGGAAACAAGCUACCUAAAUGAAGCCUUUUCUUUCUAUUCGGCCAUUCGUCAGCGAUCAUAUUAUCACCAGGUCAACAAGGAAGACAGGCCAGAGCUGGUGGUUAAGAAGCUGAGGUAUUACGCUCGCUUUAUCGUUGUUUGUCUGUUACUCAACAAAAUGGACCUGGUUAAAGCGUUGGUCAAGGAGCUUUCUGAUGAGAUUGAAGACUACACCCAGCGUUUCAACACAGAGGACCAGCUGGAGUGGAACCUGGUGCUGCAGGAGGUUGCUGCUUUUGUGGAGGCAGAUCCACUUAUGAUUCUUAAUGAGGACAAUGGCGUGGUGGUCAUAUCCAAUCGUCUGCAAGAAGGGGGCGUGCCCCCACUUGAACAGGGCAUGGUGGUUGGCCAGCUCAGCUUGGCAGAUGUGCUCAUCAUUGGCAACUGUAACGAUCAGGUGAAGUUCAGUGAGCUGACCAUCGAUAUGUUUCGGAUGCUUCAAGCCCUUGAGAGGGAACCUGUGAACUUGGCCACUCAAAGCACCAAACCAGGGACACUUGAACCCAAUGAAAAGCCGGCCAAGCGAGAGAAUCCUCAUAAAUAUCUCCUGUACAAACCAACCUUCAGCCAGCUUUACACUUUCCUGUCUGCCUCCUUCAAGGAGCUGCCAGCCAAUAGCGUGCUGCUGGUGUAUUUAUCCGCCACCGGAGUUUUCCCUGCUGGACGCUCAGACUGUGAAGCCACAGGACCUUAUGACUUCGGAGGCGUCCUGACCAAUACAAACCGAGAUGUGGUGAACGGUGAGAUGGUGCAGAAGAGGAAUCAGGCACAAAAAGAGAUGCACUGCCUCCACCCAGGAGACCUAUACCCGUUUACCAGGAAACCUCUGUUUGUCAUUGUAGACUCAUCCAACAGCACAGCUUAUAAGAAUUUCUCCAAUCUCUUUGGUCAACCACUGGUAUGCCUGCUUUCUCCGACAGUAUAUCCGAAGAGCAUGCAAGACCAAACUCAGCGUGGGAGUUUGUUUACUCUCUUCCUCUACAACCCCCUCAUGGGCUUCCUGUCUGUCUGUGGACUGACCAGCAUGCGCAAUGGAUUGUGGGAAAAGGCCCAGGAACUCUUGCGGAAGGUUUUCCAUGACAUUGGCCAGAUGAUCACCAGUUCGCGAGUCAUAGAUCAAGCCUUUCUGCAGUUUUAUGGAGACGAGUUUCUGCGUCUGCUGAUGAUCCGCUUCGUGUUCUGUUGCACCACGCUGAAACUACACAAGCUCUUUCGGGAAGCGAGGAGUUUUCCAGAAUCGUACCCCUCGCUGCCUAAACAGGAGAUGGUGGAGAGUAGCCUUCUACAGAAACAUGUGCUGGACCUGGCAGCCAUGUUGGACGUGCAAAACCUUUUCUCUGAUGGCAUGCUGGAUAACUAUUGACCACAUGGUGGCACCACGGCUAACUUGCGCACACACACAAGCUCAUGCCCUAUAACAUGCAAACACAGUCGUACUGUAGGUAGCUUCUUCUGAAUAAACUUACUGGGUGUUGAACCUCUCUAAACAUUUAGAUCUAGAUAGUUUAAGAACUAUUUAAGAGAAAUGUUUCAUCCUUGUGGGCAGAUAUUUACAGUUUGUCAUGUUCACAUGUAUUUUUAGAUUUUAAGAAACUACACACACCCAGAGCGUCGCUCCUAACAUACAAGAGAAAACAUUGAUUUCAAUACAUGCAUGUACUGUGUGAGUGCAAGCACACGGACGUUCAGACCUGAUGAGGGCAACUAUCACAGUUUCUGAAGGUCAAGCACAAGGUACAAAGGGUCAUUGUGGACAAUUAUAUAUUCAGACAAAAGAAACAUUACAGGAAGUUGAGGAAAACAUGUUUAUGUUAAACCAUGUAAUUUAAGGGAGAUGUCUGAGAUGAGCCUAAAGCAUUUGCAAAAUGCAUUUGUUGGGAGUAGGAAAAUUCAUUUUCCUUCUCAACACUUUGCUUCUGCAACGUUUACACAACUUUUCCUUAGGGAGCGUUCUGCAUGUUUGCAUUUUUGUUUUUGCUCCCAUGUUCAGAUGUUUUUAUUGCCUUCUUUUGUUUGUUUUCGUUUGUUUUUUCGUCUUGUGGACUUUGGUCUGGUCCAUUUUUGGGACGUUUCGGUCAUCUGCCGAACGCUACGUCACAAACAGGAUCUCCGUCGCCUCUUUUUACAGAGAGAUUCUUUUUAGCAUGCUUCGGGAGUGUGGUAAGCCCAUACUUACAUAGCCGAUGUACUUACCUAAUGUCUUAUUCCAUGUCUAGUGGACACCAAUAGCCGACAAAGUUCUCUUUUAUGUCACAGAGACGUACAGGCUAAUACUCUUGUAUAUAGGUAAAAAAAUGUUGUGUAUAUAUCUAUAUACAUUUAUAUGUAUAGUUCUAAAAGGAGUUAAUGUAAUGCAGAGAAGUGUGUCUGUCUGGGUUGUUUUUUUGUGACAGAUCUGUGAAAAGAUGACCCCUGCAUGUGACAGGGGCAGUGUUCUUGUGUCUAAUUCGUGAAUGGACCAUGCCACUGUCUCAUCUGCGCACUCGACCUCCCUGCUACUCGGAUGACAUUCCAAGACUCGCUGGCAGAAGAGCUUACCAUUUACAAUCCACCUGUGUCAAGGACAAGUAGACUCCAUCGGUCUAAUAAGAAGUGGUGUGAUCAGUGUUUUAUUUGUUUCAUUACAUCACGAUGAUAAUUAUGAUAAUGGUAACAAUAAUAGCCUUGCACUUUACUUGCACUAUUUAAGUUUGAUUCCGAUGUUAUUUAUUGUGCUGUUGGCAAGAGGCAUGUCUGAUCAUUCCAUUAUGUCACUUGUUUGAGUGACAUUUAGCUUUCUCUGUAUUGAAAAAAUGGCACACAUUCUGGCUUUCAAAAAAUAGUUUUCACGGUUUACAAAAUCUUCCCCUUAACGUUCUAUCAUGGCCACUCAAAUGGGACCAGAAGAUUUUUGCAUGCAGAUAGCACAAGGUCCCAUGAACUAUUCUAGUACCCCCUUACCUCUCGUCUGGUAACUCAACCCUUGUCGUUGAAUCACAUUUAUAAUUUUGCAUGUUAUUCCCAAAUCCUGCUGGCUUGUGAUGGGAAUAUAUCUGCUUCCACUGAUGUAUUUUUUAAAUAAUACCCAAUUUUAGAAAAAGCAAGAAGUUUGCUAAUGUUUCGAACAAAUCACUGCCAAACAGAAUCAACCCUCACAUGGAAUUCCACUGCCCGAAUAAUGCAGACAAACGUGUUGUCUGCAAUCUCGCAGGCACAAUUACCUUUUUUAUUAUGCUGUUUUUUGUUUGCCAUUAGCAAAGGCUCGAUGGAGACGAGCAGGGAAACAGAAGGCGAAUGUCACUGUUUCCUCUCUGUCUUGUCUUCUGACCUUGACCGUUGACCAUUGAAUGUUUUUGCCUUGUUGUAUUUAAUUUUUGGUAGUAUGUAAGUUGAUUUAAUGUCUCGACUUCCUAACAUUCUAUAAAUUAGCUCUGUCAAUUCUUGUCAAGGCAAUCCCUGUAUAGUGGGCUAAGAGCACAGGGGUAAAUACAGAUUAUAAGCACUUAUGCAUGAAAUGUAACAAACAUCUACCAAACUUAGAUUUAAAAAAUGCAAUAGCCCUUUUAAAUAUGGGAAAAUCAUUUUAUCAGAGUGUUUUCUUAUAAAGAGACAAUAGUCAAUCCUGCGAGACAUUUCUGUAAUAGAUUCAUUAGCAAGGCAUUAGUGGUUAAAAUCCCCUCUGCUCUGUUUUAAUACCACAGUUGAACGCUUUAAUAGCCAUGACUUAAUGCAACCUAAGGAUAUGAAUUUGUUUAUUUGUUUUCUUUUGUAAUCCUGGUUUGUGGGUCCAGAUCCAAGGUGUAGUACGGGUGAUUUCUACCGGUUCCUACUGUUGUGGGAGGGAACAUUUUCAAAAGUGAUGUAAUGGUCAGAAUACUCUUUCUUUAUAAGUUAAGGGGUUCUAGAGUUGCUAGUUGAACAUACUUUCAUUGUCCAGUUGUCAUGUGUUUUUAAUCACUUAACUGUUUUGUCUUAUCUGUUGCCAAAUUAUAUUUGAUGUUCGUUGUUAAAUGCAGAAAAAAAAGAACAAGGAAAAAAUGUGAUGAUACCAAAACAUGCAAGCUUUUUGUUUUUAAGAAUGCUAUUUAAGAACAUUAAAACGUUUUUGACUGUUUUGCUUAA